AUGUUGCUGAUUUUUGUACUAGCGGUAGCGUUGAUUCCAAAUUACGUACCCAUCUCACUCGCCCUACCGUGCGAGAGGAGUUGUGCUUGCUACGAGGGGGCCUAUAUAGCUGCGUGUGCCGACAGAGGGCUGUUCUCCGUCCCCCGUAGCUUUUCUCCGACGGUGAUGCAAAUAGACUUGCAGGACAACAAGAUCACCCAACUCCCAAGGGCGGCGUUCAAAGGCAUUUCGAAUUCUUCAAAACCCUCCCGCCUGAACAUGUCCAAUAACGGUCUCCUGUUCAUAGAGGACCACGCGUUGGAGACACUGACAAAUCUGUUUACUCUUGACCUCUCAAGAAACAACUUGUCUCUAGUGACGGACUAUAGCUUCAGGGGACUGCGGCGGUUAAGGUACCUGUAUCUUCAAAACAACAUGAUCAAAUCCGUGUCGGAGAAUGCUUUUCUCGGGAUUAUAAACAUCCGACGUCUUAACUUCAGUGGCAACAGACUAACUGAGGUACCCUGGCCGGGAUCGGCCGAUGUGUUAGAGAAGUUUGACGUGAGCAGGAAUUUGAUACAGACCUCCCCCGCCAUUCCCAACGUAGAAACAGCUUCAAGCUUGGAUAUCUGGUUCGGCGAAAACCCCUGGGGCUGUGACUGUGAACUAACCCACUUCCUAAAAAGUCUAGAGACCGCUGGCGACAACAUACAUGUCCGAGACAGGGACAAAAUGGCCUGUGCCGGGCCUGAAAACUUAAAAGGGGAAACGUUAGAUGUUUUGGUAGCUGGUAUAAAAGGAAUAGUGUCAACAUGCUGUCCUACAAAUGGAUCAGAAAGCCCUGUAUGCAAAUCCGGUGAAACGAGCGAAAUGUUUAAAAGGUUCAGUGUUGCAAAUGUAACGACAAAGCCAGUUUCUUCGGUCUCUACCAUGACGGUGCAGAGCGAGUCGUCGCACAACCGCACACUCACGCCUUCAAAUCCCACAACAGUAUGGCGUUUCACGACAACCACAAAAAAGAGCACCACUGGCCGAAACGACGUCAACAACAAGCCACUUCGUCAAACCACGGAAGUCGUUAUUUUGUUAGAUUCCAACCCUAUUUCCGACUCUAACCCCUCGCACAAAGAUAUUUUCACUCUCGUUGAGAUCUCGGUGUACUUCGCAUUGACUGUGGGGUCGUUCGUGGGUAUACUUUAUUUUGCCCUCAAGCUCGCAUGGAGUAAAAUGUGUGUAAAGUAG